AUGGAGGGGCUGAACCGCCCAGCAGGCAUAGCAGCGGCGCUCAUCCCACCUGUGCUUGCCGCGGUCACAGAGUGUCUCCCCCUCGUCUCCGCGCCCUCCCCCCACCUGCCCGCCCUUGCCUGCCUGCACUCCGCCCUCUCUGCCCUCCACUCCCUCCUCUCCCUCCACCCCCCCUCCCCCGCCACCCUCCUCUCCCCCUCAACCCCUCUUCCGUCCUCCUCCUCCUCCUUCCCUUCCUCCCCAUCACCUCUACCUUUGGGAUUCCUGCCUACCAAUCCCGCCGGGGGUGUGGGGAAGAGGCGGAGGGGCGUGCAGGGGGAGGGGGGGAAGGGGGCGCUGGGGGCUGGAGGAGGGGAUGGUGAAGGGGGGAGAGGGACAGGGAGGGGAGCGGUGAGGGGAGAGGCGCGGAGGCGGUUGCUGGAAGGGAGCAGAUUCGUGAUUCGGAUGAGUGGGGGCAGAGGGGAGGGGGGAGGAAAGGGAGGAGGGGGAGGAGGGAAAGAGGGAAGCAAAAGGAAGAAUGGUGAACGAGAGGGCGAGCGGGGGAGAGGAGAUGGUGAGGAGGCAGAGGAGGGUGGGGACGAAAAGGGGGAAGAGGCGGAGGAGGAGGGGGAAGAGGCGGAGGAGGAGGAGGCGAGGGAGGAGGCGUGGGUGGGGCGGCUGUAUGAGUUCAUGCAAGGCGCGAUGGAGGGCAAGCUCCUCCCCGCUCCGACCGCUGCGCCAAUCCUAUCGCGACACGUCAGCGAGUCCCUCAUCCGCCGCCUCCUCCCGCUCCUGCCGACCCUCCUCCAUUACGCCCCCUCGGCCGCGCGCCGCGCCUCGCUGCUGGGCAGCUUCUCUCGUCUCUUCUCCGCGUCGCCCGCCCGCAGCGCCACCCGCGCUGCCUGCCUGGAUGUGAUGUUUGGGCUGCUGCAGCAACAUGCGGUGGGGGGGGAUGGGGGCGCAGGGGGGAAGGGUUUGAGAGGGGCCGAGGUGGAGGGAGGGGAAGAGACGGCGAAGAGAAAAGAAGGGAGGCAGGGAGGGGCGGGUGGGGCGGAAGGAUUGCCCGAGAAGGUGGUAGCUGAUUGGCUGACAGCUCUUCCCAGACUGCUCUGGGAUAUUGGGGCCUCACAUCCUGACACAUCACUGGUAGGUGCUUCGACACUGCAAAAACAGCACGAGAGGCAAGACGACCGGCAGAACACAUCUGAAGCAGCAGCGGGGCCACGUGGCAUGCGGUGGUUGGCGGGGAGGGCAGUGGAGGUGGUGGGAGCAGCGCACAGGAGGGGCACAGUGGGCCUGGCGGAGUACCUGGGCUUCCUGGUGUCGCUGCUGCUCUCCCGCACGCGCGCCCACUCCCACCGCGACAUCACCGCCGCGUUCCAAGGGCGAGCGGAGCCCAAGGGGGAAUUGAAAGGCUCUCCACCGUCAGAUCUUCCUCGGAGCAAAUCAGAGGGGUCGAGACGGUUCCUGGAAGAUUCUUCUGGGUUGUGUCGUGAGAUAUGGGAGCGGGAGCCAGCAGUGGGGGCGGUGUGUGCCGCGCUCGUGCACGUGCCCGUGGGGGAUGGAGGGGGAGGUGGAGGGGACAUGGGGGGCUAUGCAGGGGCGUUGGUGGACGGAGCAGCAGUGUUGGACCUCGUCUCACAACCACUGGCUGCUGCCCUGAGCGACCCCUCCACCACUCCACCAUGCCUGUACGGCAUCUUCCGUGCUGUGGCCGCCUGCUCCCGCCACGCUCAGCUGCACCCCUUCCCCACCCCUACGGGCCCCAUUCCGGUCUCAGCCACAGCAGCAGCAGACAGCAUUGAGGAGUGUGGAGAAAGGGCACAGCCAUCACCAUCACCAUCAUCAUCACCGUCACCAUCAGCAUCACCAUCAGCAUCAGCGUUGGCGUGUGCGCCGUCGCAAGCACGCGGGACAACACAAGGCGAGGCGACCACGUGUGUGCCGCCGUGCCUGUCAGCGCUGCUGCCCGCCAGCCUUGCCCGCUUCUGCUGCCACCUGCUUCAGGAGCAUCUUUCUACACUCUCCGCCUCAACCCCUACAUCACCCGUGCCCACGAGGGCCUCUCUGCUGCGAGCGUGCCCCUGGCUGGUGCCCGCCCUGCGCCUGCUCGCCCUGCACCCCUUCCUGCUCGCGCCCUUCCUCCACCUCCUCCUCCUGCCCUCCGAGAAGCAAGAGCAGGGCGCAGGGGCCGGAGCUGGAAAGGCAGGGAGCGCAGGGGCAGAGAGCACAGGGGCAGAGGGUGCGAGAGCAGAGGGUGCGAGAGCAGAGGGUGCGAGAGCAGAGGGUGCAAGAGCAGAGGGUGCGGGAGCAGAGGGCGCAGUGGCAGGGGUGCAGGCGAGAGCGGGUGUGGUGUGUGUGGCAGUGCUGUGGGGCCCGUUGGAGCGACCGCUGGUGCUGCUGGGGGCGGCAGACAGGCAGCGACUCACAGCUGGCCUGGCUGGCUUGAUGGAAUCGGUGCAGGCAGAAGCAGGAGGCGGCUCUUCUGUGGGGUGGUGUGAGGCGCUGCUCUCCCAGGCACGCUCGCGCCUUGCCCUGCUCUAUGGCUGCUGCUGA